UCCAACUUUUGUUGCCACCGACAUCCUCUCCCCACCCCUCUGCUGCCCUCGCUGCUUCCCCGCCAUGGAAACAUACACACUCCCCUUUAUCCCGCCGAACGUCGGCACGCUGCACAUCGCGUACUUUGAAGACGUGACCAAUGCCGCGGCCAUCAAGCAGCGGCUGGUAGACGCUGCGCGCACAGAAGGGCCUGAUGGCGAGCGCGCGCGCGCCGACGUCGAUUUUGCAUUCAUCGAUGCCGACUUGCUCGUCUCCAAACAGCACCUCGUCACCGCCCUGCUCUCCACGCUCCUCACCUCCCUCCCGCAAACACGCGCCGCCACCCUCCCCGCGCCCCCGACACCACGGACACGCACGCACAACCUGCACUCGGAGGUGUUGUGUGCGCUGUCGCCGAACAACAACAUCAGCGACGCGAUCCGGCGCUUCGGCGUCGGCGGGGACACGACGCGCCUCGUCGUCGUGCGGUUUGGCGGGGCGCGCCCCGCGGCAGACGUGUACGCGUCGAUCGCGGACGUCGUGCACGGCCGCUUGGAGAGCGUGGAUAAGCUCGACGAAGUGCAUGUGCCGUGGGCGCGGGUGGAUAAGGUGUACAAGGUCGCGGAGAUGAACCAGCUCAAGAUCCCGCCCGCAGAGCGCGAGGCCGCCAAGCGCGCAGCCAUCGUCAGCGCCGUCGCUGUCAAGCACGCUAUGUAGACUCGAAGGGGUUCACGUUCAUGAUAUACAACUUGUUACUCGCUGCUGACAAAAUUAUAAUCAUUCACCUCGCAGCACCUUCUGCUUGAUGAGCUCGCGGCGGACGACGAGCGACGCAUCCUGCGUUUCCUCGCCCGUCUUCUCGCCAAUCUCCCCGCCCGUCUCCCCACCUACAUCCUGCGUCCCCAUCUCAUCUACCCCUUCCCGUGUCUGCGUCUCCUGCGCCUCCGUCUCCUGCGCGUCGUCUUCCUCUACCUCGAGAAUGUCUCCAGCAUCAUCCUCAGCAGGAAGACGAACCUCCUCGUCCACGCUAAUUGCGCGCGCCUUGCCCUGACGUGUCCGCGAGGAACCAGCGUUGCGUCGCGCCACGCUC